UCUGGUCUGCUCUGCAUCCCCAGAACCAGAACCAAACGAGGAGAAGCAGCUUUCAGCAUCUAUGCACCACAAAAACUGUAAACGGGGCAGAACCACGAUUUCAAUGUUUGAAGCUCCAGAACGUAGUAGGGAAUGUUUUAGAGAUGAAAUGGCUCGAAUCAUCUGUGUUUUCAUAAAACUGUCAUACAGGGAUGGAAAAGCACCUUCACUGACAUGAUCUCUGCCUCAACACAUGAUAAGCUCCUGGCCUUUCAGCACAUAAUUCAUUCUCAGGGACUGCAGCAGAAAUGUAUCACACAGAGUAACAACAGAGAUUUCCAAGUGCUGAAAAAACAUCCAAGUGAACUUUUGUUUUUAGCGAGAGCAGCUUCGUGCUGCAGGAAUCAUGUGAGAGUCACACGCGGCUCUUUGACGGGUCCUGCGUCUUUUUUUUUCUUUUUCUAAAAUUUGUGUUCAACAAAUGUGAUUCUGUGACAAUACUAAAAUUUCCCACAAUUUUUGAAGGCAGCACCGACACAAGCAGUGUAAAGUGCAUAAUGUACAGGUGGUAAUGUUCUGUUAAGCUACUGCUACCAGUCUGCAGUAGUUGAGUCGUUCUAGGAGGAGAGACUUUACCUGACAGAUGAGAGCUGAAUCAUCUAGGAUUUAAAUUUGUUUCCAUGACAACAGCUUUCCUUAACAGCUCUGUGAGUUUCUAUUGGCUGCAUGAUUUCACCCUGUGCUGCAUCCAAGCUCCAGAUUGUGGCUCAGACAUGGAAGUGAAGCUGAACAAGCUGCUGCUGCUGCACAUAACAGUUGUAUCCUGUUAACCUGAGUCAGAGUUUGUGCUGCAGGUUCUGGUGCUGCUCAGGGGGAAAUAAAUCAACAUUGUGCGCACAGCAGAAUGGCAGAGAUUUUUCAACUGCAGGAAAAGACAUGAGAAAAGUGAGAAAAUUCAGAAAUAAACAGACUCCCCUGAGAGUUUAAAUUAAUAACGCUAUUUAUUAUGGUGCAUCAGAUCCGCUGUGUUUGAGAUUUAAUUUGUAUUAAUGCUUGAAUAUUAAAUGUCUCCUUACGACUAUAGAGCAAGUUUUUAAAGAGAACUAAUAUCCCUUUAAUUUGAUCUUCUUCUGUGCUCCAAGCCAUACUUUACAACUUCUGCUUUUGUGGGAUGUUUAGAUUUCAACUCCAAAUACCAGGGCUGUCCUUUAAGAGCUGAGGUCCAACAGCCGUAUCCUGAUUCAUUCAGGAUGUCUCACCUCCAGACACAAACCCUGCAUCCAGACACAUAGGCAUCUGGUAGGACCUGUAGGAAAUGCUGAUUGGAGACUGAAGCUGGGUAAUAAAAUAAUUACUUACAUUUUUCUUCACAAAUAAGUCACAAGGUGAUGGUUGAAGGGCCCAGCCUCCUCCACCAUGUGACCAAGACAACUGUCCUCAUUGUCCAACCCUCUCCCAACCCUGACAUAUGAGUUUUGUUUUCCUCAGAAGUGAAACUGAAAAGGUGGAGGAGGGGCUCAGCGUUUGGUAGGGAGGUUUGUCUGAACUGGAUUGGCCAUCAGCUGCAUCUUUCCUCAGUUUUCUCUGAGCUGGGAACACAUAAGUAAUCCUGCUGUGACUCAGACCUUGUUAUCAAAGAUUUGGGACUUAUUUUAAACAUUUGUUUUCCAUUUGGUCCUUGGGUGUAUUUGGCAGUCAUCAUUACAGUGGAGGGAAAAGCAACAGUCUGCAACUGAGGCCAGAGCUGAUUGACUCAGUGGGUUCUGUCUGAACUGGUGAAACUGGCCUGAAAAAGUAGAUCCUGACAUUCUUGAUUCUGGGUUUUCAUUCUAUUCAUCUCACGCUGCACCAUAGAAAAAAUGGAUUUCCCUAAUCAGCAUUUGAAGUUGGAAGACCUAAAAAUGCAACGUAGAGUUCCAAAAACCUACCUGCAUAAAGAGAACAUCCCAGAAUAUCCUAAACCAGAGUUGUACGUGAGUCGUCUGAAACAUGAAACUUCAGGAUCAGCGCUACGUGGGAUCUGGAGCGAUGGGGGCUUCAAGAACUCACAUGGAAAAUCCCUGAUAUGGUGGAGUCUGGCUGUGGGACCAGAUGAGAUAAAUAACGCAGAGACGAGGCUCUGGGGGCGGGUGGCUCCUGAGCAGCAGAGCUUCCUGUGGAAGUUUGCCACGUCUCCAGCCUUCAAGGAGACGUCCAGGCUGGGCUCCUUCCGCUUCACCUUCCCCCUGCAGAAGGUGCUGACGGCCUACAGAGACCAGAUUUGUUCUGGAGCUGAUCCGGUCAUGCGGGUUUUACGGACUGAUUUGCAUAAACAGGAAGUGGUUUAUGCUAUUCUGGUUCACAGUCCAAACUUAAAUAAGAAGUUUUCAAAACACCCUCUACUGGAAGACGAUCCAAACGCCAUUUGUGUCUACAGAGAUGGACGUUUCAUCUGGAGGUCAGAGGCCAUGUGUGAGACUCACUGGUAUGAAUUUGAUGAAGAUCAGAUGGAAGCCAGACGUGUGCGGUGUCACACGUUUUACGUUUGGGACCACGUUGCUUUGGCCCUGCAUGUGGAGAAUAAACAGGUGCUGGAGCUUGAUUUUGAUAAACCAGAAGAUUUCCUCACGUACUGUGAGAAAGAUGAUGUGACAUAUCGUAAGGAAUUUCAAAACCCUCGUGAAGCUAAUGAAUUGGUGGAGGAGUUGUGGCCAGAUUGGGUGGGUCCUCUGGAGGUGGAGCGUCCGCUGCAGAUGCAUUACCCAGUUACAGAACUCAAACUGGUUCUUACUGGGAGCUGUGGAGAGGAAACCACCUCCACUGGAAACGCCUUAUGUGGGAGUGAAGCCUUUAAUUUUUCAGGAUUCGAUUCAGUUGAGAUGAAAGUGGACAACUUGGUGGUUAAAAUCAUCAAUACUCCAGAGUUCUCAGAAUUCACCUCAAAAGAAGAGAUAAAGAAAACUCUAGACGACAUCAGACUCUCCGGCCCAGCUCUUCAUGUCUACCUACUGGUCAUCGGGCUGAAGAACAUCAGUGCAAAUCUGAUCAGAAAGACUGUAGAGGACUUUGAACCAAUAUUUCAGAACAAGGCCUUAAGACGCACCAUGAUUCUUUUCACCCACCAGAACCAGACAGAACCAGACAUCCAGGAAAUGAUGCAAGAGGUUCAGCAAUUCCUGACUGAGAACGUAGGCAAUAGAUACCUUGUCUUCAACAACAGACUGGAGGACAGAGAUCCUCAACAGGUCUCAAAUCUCCUGAAAGAGGUGAAGGUGAUUUUAGGGGGUGAUUGAAUGCUAGAAUGUUUUAUAUAUCAUCACCUUCAUUAUGGAACACCUAACCUCACUAAUCGUUAAAGAAUAAUGUUUUUCCUACAAACCCAACUCUCAGUCCAGGCUCAGCCUCUAUCUCAGCUUCAGGGCUAAAGAGCUGCAGUGACUGAAAUCACUGCAGAUCAGACACCAAUAUAUUAUUUUUAAUGUUUAUGUUCAUAUAUAAAUAUACAUGUAAAUUGAAUAAUAAUUUAAGUGCAGCAGAUCAUAACUUUAAAGCAAUCUGUUCACUAUUUGAGGACUAGGGUGACGCUCAUACUGCCCCACACAAGAUGCUGCCCUGGGUGGUUUCCCAGGUUUUCUACAUCAGAAACCGCCACUGCAAAUAGCCAAUUUUUAGUUAAUAGAAAAAUGACAACAUAUUUAGGGCACCAUGUUCAACUAAUCAUAGGUAUUUUUAACAUAUGCCUGGUUAAUGAGAAAGUGCUGCCUCCCUACCAGAACCGUUUUCUGGAGCAAAGUUCUACCCUGGUGAAUUCAGACAAACCAGAACCGAGCAUGGUUCCUGUAGAAGAAACAAACUUAUGGACGUUUGAUAGGUAUGACGUUUUAAUCUUUGUCUCGGAUCAGUGUCUUUCUUGGUGCUGUUCGGGUUUAAUCUUCAUUUAAAGACGGCCCAGAGACUCACAAACAAUAAUUUCUGAAAAUGUUCCUCAGUCCUUGCAGUCAAUAAAUUUCUAUAUUUUACAGAUCAAUCACAGUUGUCUAAACUUGUCUUUUAAUUUAAAUCUGAUCCUGAACUGUGCUGCUGCUCUUCUGUCCACUUAUAAAAGCUAUUUCUGUUAGCAUUUUAAUCUUUAUAUAAAAGAAGGAAUCUUUAAUUAUCUAAAAUAUUUUAAUCUUUUACUGAUCAUUAGGUAAAGUAAUUUUACUUAUAUAGCACAUUUUCAGCAACAAGGCAAUUCAAAGUUUUACAUAAAUUAUGUUUUACAUAAAUUAGAGGAAAUACAAACAAAAGAAAAGGAAAAGAAAAACAAAAAAUGGCCAUUUAUGAACUAAUAGGAGUUUCUCUGGAUAAACUAAUAGAAAAGUAAAAGUAUAAAACUACAUAUUGGUUCCUCACGUGUAAGAAGAAUAAGUAGUCCAUAAUUUAUAAACUAGUAGGGGCUUCUCUGGAUUCUUGUUCUGAUAAAACUGGAUGGUAUUUUCUAAGUUUGUUCAAGUUUAGCAAACUAACAGGAGUUUCUUUAGGUCUUGCUCCAAUAUUAAAAGUCUAAUGCUAAAUGCUGAUCUAAAGUAGUUUAUCUGGAUAAACUAAUAAGACUUUCUCUGGAUUCUAAGUUUCUUCUAAUUUCUGCUCUGGGUUGAGUGAAGUAUAAGACAAAAAUAUUACUGUUACUAAUUAUUACUAUUUUAUGGCUUUAGGGUUUACAUUAAUUUCUGCUUUAAUUUAGGGAAUGAGGUUACACUGUACUUUUAAUGUUUUAUGAAGGGUUUAUAAUGAAUAUAUCUGAGCUGUUGUCUAUUUUUAGUGCAACAGUGUAACUUCAAUGAUUAUGUGACUUUAAUGUCUUAUGUAACAUUUUAAAUGUAAAAUAUGUUUUAAAUGGAACAUUUUUCUGUUAUGAUCAUUUGAUGGUGGUAUGUGGGAUAUAAUAAAUAAAUCAAACAAUUA